AAAAUCAGCUGAUUGUUACGUUAACAACCAAUUCGCAUGUUUUUGUUUAUUUAAUCAAUUUAUGCAAAAUAUCCUGGUAUAAUGACAUAAAGUGGAAGUGCAAACACAAUUUCUAGGACAUGGCAGCUGAAUUAGGUCUGGACUCGCCCGCAGGGUCAAUGGAUAUCGGCAUGCAAGAGCCUGUAAACAAAUUAAAAUUUUUACAUGCACUUGUUGCUGGUGGCGUGGCUGGUAUGGUGGUGGACAUAGCACUCUUUCCCAUUGACACCGUGAAGACCCGUCUGCAAAGCGAGCUGGGCUUUUGGCGGGCUGGAGGCUUCAGAGGUAUCUACAAAGGAUUGGCUCCCGCGGCCGCAGGAAGUGCUCCCACGGCGGCUCUUUUUUUCUGCACUUACGAAUGCGGAAAACAGUUCUUCAGCUCCAUAACCCAUACCAAAGAUUCGCCCUACGUGCACAUGGCAGCAGCCUCGGCAGCUGAAGUGUUGGCUUGUUUAAUCCGUGUUCCUGUGGAGAUUGCCAAGCAGCGCUCCCAAACGUUACUGGGCAACAAACUAUCCGGCCUGCAAAUCCUACUGAGGGCCUAUCGCACUGAGGGAUUGCAACGUGGUCUUUAUCGGGGAUUCGGUUCCACCAUCAUGCGGGAAAUUCCCUUCAGUCUGAUCCAGUUCCCACUGUGGGAGUAUUUUAAGCUUCAAUGGACGCCCUUAACCGGCUACGAAUCGACCCCCAUUUCGGUGGCUCUCUGUGGAGCCAUCGCUGGAGGAAUUUCGGCGGGGCUAACCACUCCACUGGAUGUGGUGAAGACGCGAAUUAUGCUGGCCGAAAGGGAGAGUCUCAAUCGACGACGCAGUGCCCGGAGCAUUUUGCAUGGCAUUUAUCUGGAGCGAGGCUUUGGCGGUCUGUUUGCUGGUUUUGUGCCGCGGGUGCUGUGGAUCACACUGGGCGGUGCCUUCUUCUUUGGCUUCUACGACCUGACGACGCGAAUUCUGGGCGCCGCCAAAACGGAUCAGUAAAAUAGGUUUAUUUUCGUUGUAUUUGUAGUAGGAGGCACGUAGUUUGCAGUAGUAACUUAACCGAUGACAACCACCGUUGGAGACAAAUGUGGACAAUAAAGUGUAUGGAAGCCUUUUGAGA